AUGCGUGACGAGAUCAACCGCAAUGCACGUAUGAUGCUGCAGGUGGCAUACCGUGCUCGGGGUCCAUGCUAUCAGCCAAUUUAUUCAACGCAGACCAACACCACCACGUAUAAACCUGCGACUUAUCAACCAACAACUUAUCAACCUGCAGCUUAUCAACCGACCGUCUACGCGGUACCUGUAGCAACAGCAGCACAGCCAAACCCACCAGUUUCACCACGUUGCAUGAAUAGUUUAACGGGAUUUAUCCGCGUCGCACCAUUUACCUUACCGCAAACACCCUCGACCGCCGCACCUCAACCAUCGACAUCAUCAGCCGCUGAUCAACCUCCGACAUCAUGCCAGGCUACACCUGUGAGUCGCACACCGACCCCGUUUCAUCGACACUGA